CGCAAAUACAAUGGCGCACGACUACGCGUCGGUCAUGCGGCAGCACAUGCAGUUCGAGAACGACUCGUUCCCGCCGCCGCCGCCCAUUGAUGACUCGGGCUCGUUUCUCUCUUCGUCGGCGAUGCCGUCGUGGUCGCCGCCCCCGGCACGGGUCAAGACCAUGGAGCCUGGUCGCCCCGUGUCGCUCUAUGGUCAGUCGACGUUUUAUGUGCAGCCCAUGACAACGUCGUCGGACGAUGAGACGCCGACGUUCCUGGCGCCGCCGCCGGGCCUCACCCGGCGUCCGUCGAUGACAGUGCCGUGGCAAGUCGCCGAGUCAGUGCUCCACACGCCGCAGCAGCCGUCGACACGCAAGCAAAUGGUGGUCGAUGGCAAUAAGGUCAAGGAGACCAACUUGAGCCAGUUCUCGGCGCAAAAGCCGAUGCAGAGCCCGCCGCGCAUGCCGUUGCACCGGUCGACGUCGUCGGCGGCCGCGGCGGCCGCAGCAGAGCUCAACAUGACGGGGCUCGUGCGCCAGAAGAGCAACGACGGCCCGCCGUCGCUCGGCCGCCGCGGCUCGUUUGGGAACGCGGCGCAGCUCUUCAAGUUUCGCCGACGCAGCAAGAGCCGGCUCGACGUGGCCCGGGACAUUGCGCUCAUGGAGCAAAACGAACACGAGCGCAUGCUCUCGAUCGAGGAAAACAAGAUCCGGUCCAACUCGGAUGACCUCGGGUCCCUCGACGACGUCCAGCCAUACACGCCCGAGAUGGCCGACAAUGAUUUCUGCCCAUGUACAACCAGCGCUCGGUGCCGCGCCUCAACAUCCCGCCGCCGCCGCCGCCCAUGGACGACAGCAGCAGCGACGACGACGAGGCGUACCCGACGUCGCCGAGCGGGCUGCCGAUGAUGAGUCCCAACGGCGCCAAGCUGCGCAAGGUCGCGCAGCUCGCGCGCAGCGGGACGUUGAGCAACGAAGACAAGACGCGCGCCAAGGACGAAAUCAUCCAAAACUCGCUCGGCCUCGGGGCGCUAAGCAUGCUCGAUGACGAGUCGACGUCACGUGGCAUUGCGCGCGCCAAAGUAAGUCUCGAGGAGCGGCUCGCGCAGGCGGCGCAGCGCGUGGCCGACUGCGUCGCGCGUGGCGACAUGGUCGAGUUCAACAAGGCAAUGACGGAGCUCGACAAGCUGCGCCACGAAGCGAGUCAGUUGAUGCAGCAAUGAGACGAGCAUCUGUGUAUGGAGUCCAGAGACGUAGUGGUAUGAUGCGAUAAAAGAAGAGAGUUCUUUG